GUUUCUUGCGGGGUAUCAACAGCUCGCAGAUCUUAUCGCAGCAAUGCUUGUUAAUAGUAGCUGUUGUGUUAUAUAAUGGUUUGGUCACCUAAGUUCUUAUCCCAAAGGAAAAAUUAUAUUGGAUAACUUCAACCAGCCUCAAAUGUAAACAUCAAUCCCCAAGACCCUUAUUCUGCGCAAGUAUGCGAAGUCGAAAUCCCCCCCCUCUUUGACGUCAUAUUCGAGAUAAGAAAGGCAGGCACAAUCGUGGUCCGAUAAGCGCUGUACCUGAACGAUAUCUUGACGAGCCUCUCCAACUUCCUUGCAUCAACACCAAGACGUUGCACAGUUGCUCCUUCCGUCGAUAAUCGAAUUGCUUGUAAUGAACGAGAUGUAUUCUCGCCGAAGCCCUUGAGUCAUGGCCCGGGAUAUCGACCUCUCCCCGCCUUAGUUCUGUACAUGGAAUCGAGCGUAACGCCUUUACACACACCAGCCUCUGUCACCAUGGGGAAACUCACUUCUCACUCAUUGAGGCUUCCGAGCAGAUGGCGCUUUCAGUGGCGAGAUGCAGUUAUUCUGCUACUUGUCAUUCUGAUCUGUUUUUCGUACACGGCUUCAAUCCCCGCUUUUGAAUCCAAGAUUGGAUCGGACGAUCUGUUCGCCAAGGCGAACAUCGUGCUUGAGAAAGAGGAUGGAGCACAACAUGGCACAAACCUAACAAUGAUACCUGGAAGCAAAAAAGAUGGAAAUACCUUGGAGCCACUUAUUAAUGCAGUCGACGUUAUGCAAACCCACUACUUCCAGGUCUGGGCAGGACUCUGGCCAACAGCAAUCGACUGGACAUCAGCCGUCACCGCGACCCAUAUAGCAGCCGCCAUGAGUACAGUCUCAUCAGCGACGAACUACGUACUACAGCCCAGAUUCGGAGACUAUGCUCUGAUACUGGGCACCGAGUCACUCAUCAACAGAUUCAUGUCACAUCUGAUGGGCUUCUACUUCGGCCAAGAUGCAUUGACUCUCAGGAGCGAAGCAUACGACGACAUGCUGUGGGUGGUACUGGAGUGGUUAGAGGCCAUCAAAUUCGUCGACUCCCACUCAACUGAACUUCUCUACGCCGAGGGUCUGCCAUCUUGGUACGGCGAAGAAUGGAUCCCCGGCUUCGCGCACCGUGCUAGGAUUUUCUGGGACCUGGCUUCGAGUGGUUGGGAUGUAUCAGCUUGUGGAGGGGGGAUGGUCUGGUCUCCUUACCUGCUGCCUUACAAGAAUGCAAUCACGAACCAGCUUUUCAUUACGGCUUCCAUAUCUAUGUACCUCCACUUCCCCGGCGACGACAACGCAUCCCCCUUCCAAGCUGGAGAAAACAGCAGCGCCUCGCUAGCGCCAAUGGGAAAGAAAGAUCAAAAAUUCCUGGACGCAGCGAUAGUAGGGUACGAAUGGCUCGCCUCGUCAAAUAUGAGAAACGCAAAGGGAUUAUACAUUGAUGGCUUCCACAUCAGCCAUAACAGACACCAUGGACAUUCCGGAGACCGGCACAUGAAAUGCGAUAUCCGUAAUGAAAUGGUAUACACCUACAACCAAGGCGUCCUUCUCUCCGGCCAACGCGGACUCUGGGAAGCGACAGGGUCGAGAGGGUACCUCGAAGAUGGCCACGCUCUGAUAUUCAGCGUCAUCAACGCCACAGGCUUUGACCUCGACACCCAGAGCGUAUACACCGAAGCCGCCGUGACCACCAACUCCACUCACCCCUGCCUAGGAAAAUGGCACGGCAUCGGCCGCCACGGGAUCCUAGAGGAAGCAUGCGACGCCUACGGCUCCUGCAGCCAAGACGCGCAGACCUUCAAAGGGAUAUUCUUCCACCACUUCGCUCUAUUCUGCCAGCCUUUGCCUCCCUACGUCAUCAAGCCCGGGGAGACAGUCGAUAUACCGACACUAGAAAAAUUGAAAGCUUGGCACGUACAGAAAUGCAGAGGCUACGGGGCGUGGGUCCGGAGAAAUGCAGCAGCAGCGAAGGAGACGCUGGAUUCGGAGGGGAGAGCCGGGAUGUGGUGGGGUGCGCAUCUUGCGAGUGCGUGGGGCGCGAACGGGGAGGGGGGAGGAGAGGUGCCGGAGGGGGCGGUGGAUUAUAGGAAUUUGGGCGUUCCGAGGGAUGGGGUUUGGAGGUAUGGAAGGGUGGUGGAGGGUGCGAAGAUGGGGGAGAAGGUUGCGGGGAGGAUGGUAAAGGAUGCGAAUGAGAGGGGGAGAGGGAGGACGGUGGAGACGCAGGGGGGGUUAGUUGCUGUGCUGAGGGCGGCGUGGGAGGCGGCGGAGAGGGAAUCAUGAAUGUGCAUUUUUUAUAUAGAAGGGGCUUGAAAUGGGGCUUGGGAUUGAGAAUGGGGCUAGCAUAAAUAGAUGAUAUCUGGGCGGUUAUCUGCAUUACACGGAAGGCGGCCUCGGCAUUUAUUAUACAGAGCGGGUUCGCGGGUGGGAAGGAGCCGCGGCGAACGGGGAUAAACGGCACACACACAAUUGCUAGGUUAUUAGAAAGUCGAUAAAUGAGCUUGAUUUACUAGGAUAUCGUUAUUAUUCCGCGGGUACCUUUUUUUAAGGUUGGGGUUUUUGAGUCUUGUGUGUUUGGCCGCCUGUUGCGAGGACCGAUCGCCGGGGCCAGCCGAGGCUAUGCAUGGGGCCGUGAGAACCGGUUGUGGAGCGGGGCUAUCUAUGAUUGAGAGGUAUGGAGCUGUGGUGAUGUGGAG